AAUGAGUGCCAACCACAAACCCAGUAUAGAAGCGGAGAAGCACAGAUAUAGCAUCAGCCUGCAUUAGCCCCUAUCCAUCAGGGCUUUGACAAGGCCUCGCAACAUUGGGUUGCUCUGUUGCCCUCGCUACUACCAUUGAAGGAGAUGGAGCAUACGGUGUCGCCAAGCGUAUGAUCUUUUUGAUCCACCAAGUGCGACAGAAGAGGAGACACUUGGUCUGGGCGUUGACGCUUGCAGAUCCAACAAUGGGCCCCUCGCGAGAGACGCGGCGAAUUAGGAGGGCGAGCAAGUGUAAACAACCUGAGGGAGGAGACAUACCACCUGCCAAGAUUGCAGUUCUGGUCCACAGUCCAGGCAUCAUCGAAGGUAGGGAGUGGGCUGGAUGCCGAGGAAUUGGAUGGGACCAAGAUCUACCCUUUUUCAGUCUCGGCUUUGCUGAAAGUGUAUGGUUCUGUGACAGUGGGUCACAAUUGCAGGGACAACGUCAGCAGCCAGUCAUUCCAUCAAGUUUCAAGCUGUGGAAUGUGUACGCCAUCUCUGUUGCUGUCUACAAGUGGCGCAUGUCAUAGCAUGAUGUGAUUUCUGCAGCAGUCUCUUUGAAAGAGAGCUAGAGAUAAUGAUCAAUGGUCAGGUGGAUACCAGCUGCCUAGAGAAAGUCGUAGUUUGCUUUCGAAACUGCCGAGGAAUCUAAAUUUGA